AUGGUCCGUUCCACGAAGGGCCCCCUAUGCAGACAAGAUGCUAAUUAUGUUAAUAACUCUCAAGGGGGUUACCAGAGACAGAAUUACCAAGGUGGUUAUCAGAGUCAGAAUCAAUGGAGACCUCAGCAAGGUCAAGGUGCUUAUAACAACUCGGGAAACUACAACAAUAAUUAUGGUGGUGCGAGCCAAGGGAGCUACAACAACAAGAAUAAAAUUUUGGGAACAAGAGUUCCAAUCCUUAUAUACCACCGAAAGGGCAAUCAACAGCAAGGUAGUUCGAAGGUUGAAUCAAUGCCAGAAGAUUCUCGGGCAAAUCGGUCAAGUCCGAGAGAACUUUAUCCGUCGACAGAGAAAGUGGGUGCCCAUACAACAGCUAUUCAGAAGCUCGAGUCACAGAUAAGGGAUAUUUCUAGAGAGCAGCACCCUCCUAAAAAAGGAGGACUUCCGAGUGACACUAUUCCAAAUCCAAAGAAUGGGGGAAGCGGUGUAGACCGUGUGUUUUCCAUCCCUACUAGCAAAGGUGGUAAAAUACUCCAAGGAGUCAAGGAUGAGAAGGUGAUUGAUCUUGAGCCGAUAGAUGAAGAGGAUGAGAGGUUGGUAAAGAAGAAGGAAGAUGCUAAAUUCGAGAAGUUUUAUGAUCAGUUGAAGCAGCUGUCUCUAAAUUUCCCAUUUUUGGAAGCUGUCAAGGAGAUGCCUGGUUUUGCUAAAUAUUUAAAGGACUUGCUGACCAAGAAGAAAAUGGUUCAACAUGAAACUGUAAGUUUGACUUAUACUGUGAGUUCCAUCAUCUCAACUACUACUGUUCAGAAGAAGGGAGAUCCUGGGGCGUUCACCAUCCCUUGUUAUGUGGGACACCAUGAUUUUGCUCGUUUGGGGAUGCCAAGGCCAACUACUAUGAGGUUACAAAUGGCUGAUAGGUCUAUCAAAAGAUCGGUUAGGGUGGUUGAUGAUGUACUUGUGCCGGUUGGUGAUUUUAUGUUGCCCACUGAUUUUGUAAUUCUUGACUGUGCUGUUGAUCGGGACAUUCCUAUUAUUCUGGGGAGACCUUUCUUUGCACAUAGGAGAGCUGCGAUGGAUUCGGAGAAAAAUGAAAUCAAGUUCCGAGUCAACGAUGAAGAAGUGACUUUUCAGGCUAGUAAGGGGAUAAAGUUACCAAGUGCUGACGAGAGCAUUUCCUUAAUUGAUUGGGUUGAUGUUAUUGACGAAGCAUUCAAGAUGGAAGAAAAAAGUUUGGGUGAAGCUCUAGUAUUCUCGUUAAUUUUGAUGCGAGGACAUGGAAGGUUAUGUGGAGACAAGAACACUUGUUGGUUGGGAUCAUAUUCCUACCAACCAAAGAAACCGAAUCUUGAUGCGGAAAAUAGAACAACUCCUCCAAAGAAGCCUUCGAUCAUUGAGCCACCUAAAUUGGAGCUUAAACAGCUUCCCUCACAUUUGAAGUAUGAGGUCCUUGGUCCGGAAAAUACAUUGCCAGUGAUUGUGUCAGCUCUACUGACUGAGGAGAAGAUUUUACAGCUUUUAGAGGUGUUAAGGGAGUAUAGGCGUGCUAUUGGUUGGACCAUAGCGAUUUGA